UGGCGGCCUCUACUGGCAUACAAGAACCUGAUUCGUGCCAUCGAACAUUUGGGGAUUAGCAUGGUGUUUGGCGAGGAAUAUUUCGGAAGGGGCGACCUGGACCACAACAGCUACCUCAGCUUCGUCACCAACGACGCGCUCGGCCAGGACUUUCUGAACGCUAGCAAGAGCUUCGCGUACUGGAUCAAAGAUCGGUACCAGCUACUGCAACAGGAUUAUCCGUGGUACUCCAAUAUCACCCGACGGAGGAAGGAGAUUGUCACCCGCGUCAAAAUCGAGCCUGACUUCGAGAAAGCCACUGAAUAUUUCUAUGCCAUGCUGGGCUAUUUAGAUUCAUUACAGAAGAUUCAAUACGAAAUUAGAGGGAAGAUUGAACAUACCAUCUUGUCAGAGGUGCGAGCGUCCAACAGUCACGUGGUGAUUGGGAUCGUGCUACUAGUGGUGGUGCUCAUCAUCUCUCCCGUCAUCAUCAUCCUCGUCAGGAAGGUCACCAGAACCCUGCAGGCCUUCACUGAAACGCUCCAGUAUAAGACCUACGAGCUGCGAUACGAGAAGAAACGGUCGGACAUGCUGCUGUACCAGAUGCUGCCUCCAACGGUGGCGCAGCAGCUGAAGCAGCGGAAGCAGGUGUCGGCCGAGACUUACCAGUCGGUCACCAUCUACUUCUCCGAUAUCGUCGGCUUCACCGAGCUGGCCUCCGAAAGCACGCCCAUGCAGGUGAUAUCAUUGCUAAACGCACUCUACAAAAUGUUCGACUCCAGGAUCGAGCUGUACGAUGUUUACAAGAUAGAAACAAUCGGAGACGCCUACGUGGUAGCCUCUGGCGUACCGCAGAGAGCUCUGGGCAAGGACCACGCGGCCGAGGUGGCCUCGAUGGCACUGGACCUGCUGCACGCCACCGAGAACUUCGUGGUGCCGCACAUGCCCGGCGAGCGGCUCCAGAUCCGCAUAGGCAUCCACACGGGGCCGGUGGUGGCCGGCGUGGUCGGCACCAAGAUGCCGCGCUACACACUCUUCGGCGAAACAGUCAACGUCGCCAGCAAGAUGGAGGCCGCUGGACUGCCUUUCAAGAUUCACAUCACUGCAGCUACCAUGGAGGCACUGGAUCGCGCCGGCGGUUUUAUCAUGAAGCUGCGAGGCGAGAUGGAGAUCCGCGUCAAGAUGACCGACUGGGGCCGGUCGGCCUCUCAGGGCACGGGCUCCAUGGAGACAUACUGGCUGAUCGGCAAGCACGGCCGCCUGCCGGAGCGACGCGUCGACUCGGACAAGGAGGACGUCAUCGACGUGAUGGCCGAGAACCCGCACACCGACGCGCUGCGCAAGGAGCGCCAGAAGAAAAAGGAGCUGGCCAGCCACCGGCAGUCCAAACUUUCGCGCGCUCUGGAGACCAUCAAGGGACACUUCAGCGGCUAGCGGAGACGGCGACCGGGAAGGAUACGGCGCUGGCCGCGGCGGGCCGUGCUCUGGCGCGGGCCGUGCUCUGGC